AUGAUGACGGCGGUGGUGUCGUCGCUGGCCGGCGAGACCUGGAAAGACCUGCAGGCGCUGCUCGGCUUCGAUAUUUACUGCGAAGUGCAUAUUAUUAUUAUUAUUAUUAUUAUUAUUAUUAUUAUUAUGAAUAUGGAGGAGGGAAACCUCGGAAGCCAACGUGUAGGUUGGCACUGGAGCUCGUUAUCCAGCGAAGGAGGAACACCGCCGCCUUCUGCGAUAAUAAACAUUCACGGAACUAAUGGCCAUCACAGAUCCGGGUGCGCAUGCGCUUUGCGUUUAGUAGACACGAGAGUCUCUACAAAGAACGCAGCGGGGCGGCGCGUGUGCAGCACGGACACGACGGAGCAGCACAUCUUCUCCCUGGAGGGCGCGCGCGCAGACGUCGCCCUCGGGGAGCUCUCCGUCAGCCUCCGCCGCCUGCGCAAGGCCGACUUCGCCGUCGGAUUCCACUGCUCCAGGGCAUCCCUAACAGCACUGCAGGGCUUCUGA